CUUCAACUUCACGAAGACGGUGGGAGACGAGACGAACUUAACUGAACUGAACAAUAAAACACAAAACAGAACAACACCAAACCAUAAACCAACAGUAAUUACUAAUCCAUCAGUCCAAAGUCCAAGAAAGAGUCCAGUCACUACAAGAAGGCGACCGACGACUCACAUUUCAAGUUUAACUUUAUAACGUGUGGUGUGGUGAGCAUGACUGACCAAGUUUCCCCUUUUUUACUAAUUACAGGCUUAGAACAGGAAUGUAAUUCAUCAUGAAUAAGCGAGAGUAAAAUACUAGUGAGACUUCCUUUAAGCAAAUGGAAUAAUAGGCAGUUGAUUUGAAGAGGAAAGGGAACUUAUAUAUUAUGUCGCAAGAAGGAUAAUUGACAAAAUCUGCUAUUUAAAUACUUUAAAGGGCAGCUGAAAAUAUCAAGUUUUUACCAUACUAAAAGUACUACAUAUUGAAAGAUAGGAAAUAGAUUUGAAGAGGAAAAGGAACUUCAAUUCAUGUCACAAGAAAGAUAAUUUACGUAAUCUGAAAUAAUACUUUAAACAGCAGCUAAUAAGAUUAAGUUUUCACUACCUUAAAAGUACAAAUGAAAGUAAGUAAACACUAUAAGUAACACCACUAACCUAUGUGGUAUGAUAUUUAAUACACAAAAUACACAAAAAUAGACAAACAAAGCCAAUUGAAUAAAUCCAAUUAGUUACUAGUUUUCCUGAUAUUAGCAAUCAGAAAUAUAAAACAAAGAAUGUUAAAUAUCACUAAAAAGCCUCCAUUUAAGUGUCCAAUAUGUAGAAAAAUGUUUUCAACUCUACCGACAAUGAAGUGUCAUAUAUAUUUACACACAGGUGAGCGUCCCUUUAGAUGUUUGACAUGUGAAAAAACAUUUAUUAAAAAAUCUCAGGUAAAGAAUCAUCUGUUUACACAUUCUGGGAAGUUUCCUUACAAGUGCAUUACAUGUGGAAAAUCCUUCAAAACCAGGAGCGAGAUGAAGAUUCAUACAUUGCUUCACACAGGAGAGCGACCUCAUAAGUGCACUACAUGUGGAAAAUCUUUCAAAACCAGCAGCUAUAUGAAGAUUCAUUUAUUGGUUCACACAGAAGAGCGAACUUAUAAGUGCACUAUAUGUGGAAAAUCCUUCAAAUCCAAGCAAGAUAUAAAGACACAUGCAUUGGUUCACACGCGAGAGCGACCUCAUAAGUGCAUUACAUGUGGAAAAUCCUUCAAAACUAAGAAAGACAUGAAGAAUCAUACAUUGAUUCACACGGGAGAGCGACCUCAUAAGUGCCCUACAUGUGAAAAAUCCUUCAAAACCAGCAGCGAUAUGAAGGCUCAUACAUAUGUUCACACAAGAGAUCGAUCUAAUCAGUGCACUAUAUGUGGAAAAUCCUUUAAAAGCAAAAAAGGUAUGAAGAGUCAUACAUUGGUUCACACGGGAGAGCGACCUCAUCAGUGCACUACAUGUGGGAAAUCCUUCCAAUCCAGCAGCAUUUUGAAGAGUCAUACAUUGGUUCACACGGGAGAGCGACCUCAUCAGUGCACUACAUGUGGGAAAUCCUUCCAAUCCAGCAGCAUUUUGAAGAGACAUACAUUGGUUCACACGGGAGAGCGACCUCAUCAGUGCACUACAUGUGGGAAAUCCUUCCAAUCCAGCAGCAUUUUGAAGAGACAUACAUUGGUUCACACGGGAGAGCGACCUCAUCAGUGCACUACAUGUGGGAAAUCCUUUAAAAGCAAAAAAGGUAUGAAGAGUCAUACAUUGGAUCACACAGGAGAGCGACCUCAUAUGUGCAUUACAUGUGGGAAAUCCUUCCAAACCAGCAGCAUUUUGAAGAGACAUACAUUGGUUCACACGGGAGAGCGACCUCAUAUGUGCAUUACAUGUGGGAAAUCCUUCCAAACCAGCAGCAUUUUGAAGAGUCAUACAUUGGUUCACACGGGAGAGCGACCUCAUCAGUGCACUACAUGUGGGAAAUCCUUUAAAAGCAAAAAAGGUAUGAAGAGUCAUACAUUGGAUCACACAGGAGAGCGACCUCAUAUGUGCAUUACAUGUGGGAAAUCCUUCCAAACCAGCAGCAUUUUGAAGAGACACAUUGGUUCACACGGGAGAGCGACCUCAUCAGUGCACUAUAUGUGGGAAAUCCUUCCAAACCAGCAGCAUUUUGAGGAGACAUACAUUGGUUCACACGGGAGAGCGACCUCAUCAGUGCCCUAAAUGUGGAAAAUCAUUCAAAUACAAGCAAGAUGUAAUGAGGCAUAUACUGGUUCAGACAAGAGAGUGACCUCAUAAGUGGAAAAUCCUUCCAAACCAGCAGUCAUAUGAAGAGCCUUAUGGAUAAUUAAUUCACACUGGAGGGACCUCAUGAUUGCACCACAUCUGGAAGAUCCAUCACAAAUAGUUGCUAUAUGACGUUUCAUACAUUAAUUUAUGAUGUGUUCAUUCAUUUUAAAUCAAAUCUUUUGUG